AUGUAUAUUUCUGAUACGCUUUCAAGAGCCUACAUAGCUAAUGGAUGUGCUACGCACCUGGAAGACGUACUGUUAACAGACUAUGAGAAAGAGAUAGAAGCUACAUGUUUGUCAGAUUAUUUGGCAGUUUCGUCUGAAAGACAAACUAGAAUCAAGCAAGCUAUGCUCGAAGACCAGACAUUGGUAAAGCUGAUUGAGUGUAUUAAGAAUGGAUGGAAUAAAGCGCCGAGAGAAGUAAAGCCGUAUUAUUCUGUCCGGGAUGAACUAUCGGUAGAUAACGGUAUUAUAUUUCGCGGUGAUAGAUGCAUCAUACCAAAAAGUAUGCGUAGAGAAAUUCUAGAUCAACUUCAUUCGCAUAUUGGAAUUGAAGGUUGUUUAAAACGCGCUCGUAGCUGUGUGUAUUGGCCAAAUAUAACAUCUCAAAUUAAAGACUUCAUAAGCAAAUGUGACACGUGUCAAUCAUUAGAAAGAAAACAGAGUAAAGAACCGUUAAUCAGUCACAGUAUUCCUGACAGACCUUGGGCAAAAGUCGGAACUGACGUGUUUACGUUUGAUGGCAAUGACUAUUUGGUAACUGUAGAUUAUUUCAGUAAUUUCUUUGAAAUAGAUCGACUGUAUGAAACAACGUCGAAGGAAAUAGUCGCCAAGCUGAAACAGCAUUUUGCAAGGCAGAACGUGUGA